UCGAGCGGGUCGAGUCAAGUCGUGUCACUCGUGUUGUGGCGCUGGCAGAGUGAAGACGGUCGUUCCUGUUGUCCAUUAGUCAGUGCCGGCAAGUAGUGGGUGUGUACAUACGGAUCUCGUUGGACCUCCCGACGCGCAAAUAGACGCACGAGCUCUCUAAUUAAGUAAACACCAGUCAUGGGAGGGUAUGCAUGGGUUACACUGGCUACAAACGAUGCCUAUUCUUUGGGAGCAUUGGUCUUGGCGCACUCCCUACGUCGAGUUGGCACCAAAUAUGAGCUGGCUUGUCUCGUCACUCCUGGAGUUACAGCAGCGAUGAGAGAAAAAUUGGCGGCUGUAUUCUCCUUGGUGCAGGAAGUUAAUGUCCUCGAUUCGAAGGACGAGGCAAAUUUGGCUUUACUGGCUAGACCAGAAUUGGGCAUCACUUUUACUAAAUUACAUUGUUGGAGACUAACUCAAUACGAGAAAUGUGUAUUCGUCGAUGCAGAUGCGCUUGUGGUACGAAAUUGCGAUGAGCUAUUCGAGCGCGAGGAAUUAUCAGCUGCGCCCGAUGUUGGUUGGCCCGAUUGCUUCAAUUCCGGAGUAUUUGUGUUCAGACCAUCUCAACAAACAUUUGCGUCAAUCACCGCAUUUGCUGCAGCCAAAGGAUCGUUCGACGGCGGCGAUCAAGGCUUAUUAAACAUGUACUUCAGUGAUUGGGCUUCUAAGGAUAUCUCCAAACAUCUACCAUUUAUUUACAACAUGUGUUCCACGGCGACGUACUCGUAUCUGCCCGCAUUUAAGCAAUUCGGCGACGAUGUGCGAAUAAUACACUUUAUUGGCAUAACGAAACCCUGGCUACAGUAUUUCGAUACCUUAACCGGUGUCGUUCAACCACCGUCAGGAUCUAUGCAUUUGCAACCGCUGUUGCAAUUGUGGUGGAACAUAUUUUGCGAGCAAGUGCAUCCACAGUUAUCGCCCUCUAUGGCCACCAGCACAUUGGCUCCAAUUUGGCACGUAUUUGCUCCCUCGUUUUACGUACCUUCCGUUUCCAAUAUUUCCACUUACUCCGAUGCAAUAGACGAUGGUAACGUUUAUUCUCGAGCACCAGAUUUCUCGGAAUUUAAAGAUCCUUGGGAAGAAUAUUCUCCGCAGAACGAUUCGUUUCCAACCGAUAACAGUAGUGCACUGAAUGACAAGAAUGAUAAUUAUUAUGGUGGAGCAGGAUAUGAGAAAGAGGCUGCGGAUGUUGGUCAAAAUGAUCACAAUACAUCUCAAUUUGAACGCAAUCAACAAUUUCAUUGCGAGCAAUAUUUUUGUGUGCCUAUACAAACACAACAUAAUUCUUCUACAAAUAAUGAACAUAAUCAACAAUUUCAUUGCGAGCAAUAUUCUUGUGUGCCUAUACAAACACAACAUAAUCUUUCUACAAAUAAUGAACAUAAUCAACACCGAGAACAUGCAACUUUUCAUUCUGAAGAAAAUCAUAGUCAAAGACAACCCGUACAACACACUGAGUAUCAUUGGCAACAAUAUAGUGAUCAAAGACAUCAAUUUCAGCCGAGUGAACAGAGACACUAUCCUGAGCAUUGGCACGAAGAGCAAAAACAGCAUAAUGAACAAUAUCAGCAACAUCAUUAUGAAGAAAGACAUCAUGUGCCACGCCAUUAUAACGAACAGAAACAACAUAGCGAGCAUCAUCAGCAUUCUGAACAAUCUCAACAACAUGAUUAUUAUAAAAUGGAUCCUCAUCAUGUCCACCAUCAAUCGGUUCACGAACAACAUUCUACCGAAACGUGGCACGAAAAUCAUACGCAACAUACUAGUGAUCAAACUAGCCAUCGAGAUUAUCGAGAUCAUACUGUUUCUCAUAAUGAUUCUCAUCCGCAGCAUCAUAUCCAAAAUAAUGCUCAAGAUAAUUUUACAUCUCAUUAUCGUCAAAGUAACGAGAAAAAUAGCGAACAAUUCUCGGAAACUGCGAAUAAGCAGAUAGAAACGCGGAGAAUCGAUUUCCAUCCUUCCUCUCCUGCACCUUAUACAGAUCUCCGCAAUGUAGCCAUGCGAUCUGACCCGAAUAUAACGGAACAUCUAGACAAUGCAAAUACGGGCAUCGCUGGUGCCUUGGCUCAGUUGACAUUGGGCGAAGCGAGAAGCGUCGAGCAAAUAGCCUUUGAGGAGCAUAUGAGGAAGCAGAGCUGGGAACAAGGCCAGAUCGACUAUAUGGGUCGCGAUAGCUUUGACAAUAUAUGGAAGAAGAUCUGUGAGACACUUUCUCUUGCGCCGCAACGUCAGUCAUCUCCACCUAAAGAGGAUGCUGCUGAGCCAAAGGAAAGCGCUGCUACUGUUGAAUCCGUUGAGCUAAAGACUGUUACACCUAUAGAUGUCGAAGUGAAAGAACCAGUUGUUGAGGCGGACAAAGAUUUAACGCAAUCUCUAGUAUGCGAAGCUUCUGAGGAGAAGCUUUCGGCGGCACAAACUACAUGUGAGAUCAGUGACGAAAGCGUUACUAUCGCGCCAUCCUCUGAGCAGGAAGCACCUGCGUUAUCUUCCGAAGACAGUAUCACGGUACAAUCUGCUGCAAUAAAGGUAUCAAGUGAGCUGUCACAACCAGACGCAAUAGAAAGCGCGAAACCAACAGAUACAAAAUUAUCCGAAACAAGUACUGAACAAUCUUCUCAAGAAUUGACGCCUCAAAGCAAAAGCGAAAGUCUUCCUGUUGAAGCGCAGCAAACUGAUUCAGAAGCAUCAACGUGUCUUUUGGCAGAUGCCGUCUGUAAGAAGGAAGUAAUUACGCCUGUUACGCAGAUUGAGAGCGAGCCAACGCCUACUGAAACGAAAUUAGAAACACCAGUUUCCGCUACUCAAGACGCAACGGAGCUUACAACCACUCUUAGCGUAGAUAGUCCACAAAGCAUCACUGCUCCUUCUGAAACGAGUGAAGCAUCACUGAAAGAAACCGCGAAAGAUGUUAUCCAGUCCGAUGUAAUGCAGCCUCUUACGAUAGAUCCGAGUGAGCAGCACGCAGAUGUAUUGUUGGCAGCUUCUGAAAUUUCUACUAUAAGUCCCGUUCCUAUCCAAGUAGCAGAAUCGGUUCUCCAGGCGGAACCCAAAGAGUCUGUAUCAGAUGCGACUGCAGCCGAUCAAGCAAUCGCUACGACGGUCACGGCUGUACACGAAUCCACGGAUAUCGCUUCCGCAUCGAUCGCAGUGGAACCGGUACAAUUGAACGGAUCGGUUUGUGAGAAACCCGAUGACAUCAUCGCAACUGCAGUUGCCGAAUCAUCGGAAAGUUCUGACAUUUCUAUUCAGAAGGUAACAGAACCUGCGAGUGACUUAGUUAUCACAACAGAUGUUUUAGAAGCACCAUCGGCUACUAUAGAAAAUGUAGAAUCCGUAAGCAGCGAGACAUCUCCAGAAACACCAUCAAAGGUGGAAGAAUUAACGGAAUCCGCGGAACAGAUUGUAAAGACGGAAACGACAGAACCUGCCGAGCAAGCUAACGAAGCCGAGAUAACGGAAGUGGCAGCGAAAUCGUCUAGUGAAAUUUCAGAAACGUCAGAGAUUGUCGAGCCAAGUUCGGCAGAAGAAUCUACUGAAGCGAAAGAGCUUAAUAUCCCAUCGACGCCGACGGUGAUCGAGGCUACACCGCCAACCAGUCCGUCUGUAGAAAGCACGCAAGAAGCGGAAGAGAAGCAAGCUGGGAAGAAGAGCCUAAAGAAGUCCGAUUCGGCGGACGUGGAGGGAGGAGGUGCGGAUGGAGAAAGUGCGGACAAGAAAGCGAAAAAAACGGUGAAGAAAGUGACGAAGAAACCGAAGACGAAAUCUGAGGAGGCAACUCCGUCGACCACAGCGGACGGCGCAACCGUCGGGGACGGUUCUCAGAGCAAGGUGAAGAAAACCGUAAAAAUCACGAAGAAGACGGGCGCAAAGACUCUAGAAACCGACACGAGUGUACCGGAGACACCGCCACCGCCGUCAUCUCCACCAGCUGCUGUCACCUCUGACGUACCUGUUCCUCCCAAGCGAAAGACGAAGAGUACCAAUGCGAAAGGAACGACCGGCAAGAAGUCCGAAACAGAAGAGUGAUCCCAAUCGACAAUGAUGAUACCUAAUCAUGCGGAAGUCCGAGAGACCGGAGAGAGAUCCUUUAAACGUUAAUGGACGAAGAUAUAUCAAAGUCCAGAACCUUUAACCCUUUCAAGAUUUCGCGUUCCUGAAAGACUAAACAUUUUGCGCUUAAAUUUUUUUUCUAAGUUUUUUUAAGAUUUGAAAUUUCGCUGAGUAACGGCUCGAUUAGCAAUUGAGACUCAAUAAUAUAUAAAAAAAGAUAGUGAUAAAAAUUGUCGCAACACACAGUCGAACAUCGUCUCGGAAGGGUUAAAGAACAUUUGGCAAUAGAAGAUUAUACUUGCUAGUCUGUUACAGUUUUUUGAUAUUUUUAAUAUAUCUCGCGAGAGAAUGUUUCUAUAUCACCGUUGAGCUUGAUACCGCCGAAGAUAUCCGCCGAAAGUAUCGAGCGAUACCGAGAGUUUAAUCGAUGCUGCAAUAAUUCGUAUUUAUAGCCCCUGCGUUACUCCAUAUUUGUCUUUAUAUUUUUUCUUUUUUUUUAUUAAUGAUACUCUCGUUUUUUCUUUAUAUACAUUGUCCUUUAUCUUUUUAUAUAUCGCACUUGUGUAAUGUAACAGUUUUUCAAGUUUGACGUUACUCAAGCGGGCAUAUGAUAUACUCCGAAUAUGUACGAAUUACGAUGCAAUUGCUGUGCCUUGCCCAACGCGAGCAACGCGAGCUUGAAUAUCUUAUCGUGAGCGAGCAUUUUAUAUCUGCUUAUUUGCUUUAGUACAUCUGAUAGAUCGCGAAAAGAAGAGAAAACUAGCUGUGAUUGAUCAGUCCUGUUGAAUCAUGUUUCAAAUUUACGCGAAUCGAACAAUGUCAGCCUUGUAUAACAUCGUGACCUAGCAAUCUGUUCGCGUCACUCAUCAUUUGUAAAAUUAUCGCAAAAGAACUUACGUUUUAUAUUAUGCAAUUUAUACAGGGUGUUUCGGAGCGAAAGCGAUAAGUUUUGUUAACGUGCUCGGAAACACGUUAAUAAAGUGUCUCGGUUUUAUUCCAGUACACUUGUGCAUGCACAUGCAUUGUAAUAGCAUGAGUUUUAUCAUCGCUUAUUUAUGUUAAUCGAGUGAAAAUUAAAGAAAAAUCCUCCAAUUAAUGAAUUAUGAUUUCAUUGAGAAACGAGAAGAGAGGAAAAGCACGCUAACUUAUGUUAUACUUAUGAAAAUAAUACAACGCGUUGCGAAAAUGACAACAAUGAGAUAUUAGGCGAGAAAUCUUAACCGUUCAUUUUUUUAUAUACUUAUAUAUAUUAAAUUAUAUAUUUCAGUGUGUAUUUUUACUCUGUUUUGUUGAUAUUUGGAAGAAAUAUCCAUCUAUUUUCGCGAUAUAUAUAUAUAUAUAUACAUAGAUAUA